UUUGACAGCGAAACAGGCGUACGAUACCUCACAUUUCACUAUCUUCCACACACUAUGUAGCCCUUCCUUACAGCAGGCUCGGCAGACCAGAUAUAGUAUUGACUCGAUGCAGCGGCACCAUUGGCUUUGCUUUGCAACGUCCAAUUCAGCGUCGCCCCUGAAGGGAGAUGACGUGUGAUCCACCAGACCAUUUGGCUCGCCUACCAAGGAGACUCUACCCCUGUGCAUGUGAGGGCCAGGGCUCUGGCGAGAAAAGAGUGCAGCGACGAGUCCUGGGAAUAUAACUAGCAACGGUCUUGUCUUGCCCUCAGAGCGAGGCUUGUGUUGUUGCUGGUAAACAAUUGACGUCCAUCAUGGCGACACAGCAAGUUCCCCCCAGCAUGGCCCCGUUCAAGCCGCGGUUUAUGCCAUUGAUGAUUGCUUCAACUCUCCUCUCGGGUGUUGUGUCAAGAAUGUCAUCACUAAGCACAGCAGCUGCCCUGGCGCUGAUGUAUUGCCUUGCUGUUCCUGCCUAUGUCGUCUACUGGUCUUGGAUCUACCCCUAUUACGUGUCUCCGCUUCGCCACGUUCCCACUGUGCCGGGUAACCCUCUCUAUGGCCAGCUGUUUGACAUCAUUGAAAAUGAAGUGGGUGUCUGCCAACGUGAAUGGCACAAGCAGUACGGUCCUAUCGUUCGCUACUUUUUUCCCUUGGGCACGGAACGCCUUUCCAUUGCCGAUGACGAUGCCCUGAAGCAGAUGACAGUCAAGAACCCUUACAACUACCCUAAACCCGUCGGUGCACGCAAGUGGAUGACCCGUAUUCUGGGCGAGGGCAUCCUUUUAGCCGAGGGCACCGCUCAUGUUCACCAACGCAAGGCUCUCACCCCGGGCUUCUCCAUCGGAUCCAUCCGUACAUUGACUCCAAUCUUCUGGCGGAAGUCUUUUCUCAUGGCCAGGCUGUGGGACCAAGAGAUCUCCCUGUCUAAAAACAAAAGAACUGGGACUUUCGAAGCCUUGGAAUGGCUCAAUCGUGCCACCCUCGAUAUCAUCACUGAAGCCGGCUUCGGCACCGAAGUCAAUUCUUUGGAGUUCCCUGAAACUCCCUUGCGAGAGGCUUACCGCAAAGUUUUCGUUUUUGAUGGCCUAUCUCGCAUGAUGCAUGGUCUACAGACUCUUUUCCCUUUAACCAAGUAUAUCCCAGCGAAAAUGAAUCGUGAUAUGGAAGCAUCUCGUAACAUCAUCUUGGGCUCAGCCACGAAGAUCAUCAAGGAAAAGCAGGCUUCUGCAAACCCCGCCGACAAGGACAUCCUCGCUCUGCUUGUACGGGAUAAUCUAAAACUCCAAGCUGCUGGUGAGGCCGGGCUUUCCUUCGAAACAAUGCGUGAUCAAGUCAUGACCUUCCUCGGAGCAGGUCACGAUACGACCGCAACCGGUGUCACUUGGACAUUGCAUCUUCUCUCCAAGCAUAUCGAGAUUCAAACUAAGCUGCGCGAAGAAAUUCGUAAACACUAUCCUUUUCUUUUUGACUCCGAAACCAGAGAAAAAUUCGACACCAGCACUAUCGACCCGGAUCAUUUGCCCUACAUGGACAAUGUUUGCCGUGAAUCACUCCGGUAUAUCCCUCCUAUUCCAAUGACUGUGCGCGAGCUGGUCGCCGAUGAUAAACUCGGCGAAUACAUGGUUCCGAAAGGCACAACCGUGCUAGUUUAUUCCAACGCUAUCAAUCGUCUGCCUGAAUACUGGGGUCCAACUGCCGACAAAUUCGACCCUGAUCGUUGGGACAAGUUACCCGAAUCAUACACUACCAAUGCCUUCAUGACCUUUCUUCAAGGUCCGCGCGGCUGCAUUGGUCGCAAAUUUGCCGAAACUGAGAUGAAAAUCCUCCUUUGCGUGCUGCUCAGCCAGUAUACGUUUGCGCGGGACGAGUCAGUGCAGGAUCCUGAGGAGUUGAAGAUGUGGCGGCUGGUGUUGCGGCCGCGAGAUGGAGUGCAGUUGAAGGUUACAAAACUGUGAAAUAAAUUGGUCUUUAUUCUCAUUUGUGAUUUAUCUACUCUACCUUGUUGUUUCUCUUUUCAUUAAGUAUUUUUAUAU